CUUGUACCCUUCGAUUUCGUUGAAAGUUUGCUAAAAGAUACUGUAAAUUAUUUUUAUGUCUUCUACGGACAGCGAAAAUAUUAUAUACUAUUAUUAAUUUGUCGUCUGAAUCCUGUGUGACACCACGACGACGCCGUUAACCGCCGUCGCUGUGUCUCUCUUUCUCUCACUCUGUCCAUAGAUCUGAGCUUUUUCUAUCAUUACUUUUUUGGAUCGCUAUCAUCCAAAUCUGAAGAAUUCCCAAGGUUUAGCUCAAUUCCGGGUUUUGGCAAAUAAUAUACUCGACGAAACUCUAGUCUGUAGAGGAAGGUUUAGGAUUUGAUCUCUAUCUCUGGUUUCGAAAGCAUGGUUGCUCCUGUGCCUCCAGGGGCACCUAGACCCAACAACCAGCAGUAUCCCGGGCCACCUAAUUUCUACCCUGGUUCACAAGGGCACUCAAAUCCUUUAGCUGACAAUAUGCAGAACUUGAGCUUGAAUCGACCACCUCCAAUGAUGCCUGGUUCAGGUCCCAGACCACCUCCUCCGUUUGGUCAGUCACCACAAUCUUUCCCUCAACAGUCCCCUGCUUAUGGAGUUCCGCAACGUGGACCUUCACCCAUGUCCCGGCCUGGACCUCCUGCUGGGCUGGCAAGACCUGGCGGUCCACCUCCGGUAUCACAAACAGCUGGAUUUCAGUCAAAUGUACCCUUGAACAGACCUACUGGUCCACCUUCUAGUCAGCCACCAUUUGGCUCUAGACCGUCAAUGACUGGAGGACCAGUGGCACAGCCUGUUGCCUCUUCUAGUGGGUUUCCAGCUUUUGGUCCAUCGGGUAAUGUAGCUGCAGGUCCUCCUCCAGGAGCUCCCCCAAUAUCAUUUGGUUCACCUCCACCUGUCGGAUCUGGCAUGUCUAUGCCUCCCUCGGGCAUGCUUGGUGGUCCAGUCAGUAAUGGGCAUCAAAUGGCUGGUUCAGGGGGGUUUCCGAGGGGAACCCAGUUUCCCGGUGGUGCUGUUACAACUCCACAGACACCCUAUGCGCAGCCUCCUUCAAGACCUUUCCCUCGGACUGCACCUUCAAUGCCGCCACCAGCAACCUUUCCUGGAGCCCCUCAUGGCAGACCAGCGGUAUCAGGCUUGCCUUAUGGUCCACCAUCAGCGCAGGUUGCCCCACCACCUCUAGGUUUUCCUGGCCCAAUGCAACCACCAAGAUAUGGAAUGGGUCCUUUGCCAAAUCAGUCGAUGACCAACAUACCCACUGCCAUGGGCCAACCUGGUGCCGCUGCUCCUGGUGGACCCGCAAGAAUUGAUCCUAAUCAAAUCCCAAGGCCAGGUUCAAGCUCCAGCCCAACUGUGUUUGAAACGCGUCAGAGUAAUCAGGCUAAUCCUCCCCCGCCUGCUACUAGUGAUUAUGUUGUUCGAGACACCGGAAAUUGUAGUCCACGUUACAUGAGGUGCACGAUCAAUCAGAUCCCAUGUACAGUUGAUCUUCUGUCUACAUCUGGAAUGCAACUGGCGCUGAUGGUCCAACCGCUGGCUCAAUCUCAUCCAUCUGAAGAGCCUAUACAAGUUGUCGACUUUGGUGAGGGUGGACCUGUACGAUGUUCACGCUGUAAGGGUUACAUAAAUCCUUUCAUGAAGUUCAUUGACCAAGGAAGGAAGUUCAUCUGUAAUUUCUGUGGAUACACUGAUGAGACUCCCCGUGACUAUCACUGUAAUCUGGGUCCAGAUGGUAGACGUAGGGAUGUUGAUGAAAGACCUGAGCUGUGUAGGGGAACCGUUGAGUUUGUUGCUACAAAAGAAUACAUGGUACGGGAUCCAAUGCCAGCAGUGUAUUUUUUCCUCAUUGAUGUCUCAAUGAAUGCUAUACAAACAGGUGCUACUGCAGCUGCUUGCAAUGCAAUUCAGCAAGUACUUUCAGACCUUCCUGAAGGUCCUAGGACAUUUGUUGGAAUUGCUACAUUUGACUCAACAAUCCACUUCUAUAAUUUGAAACGUGCACUGCAACAGCCAUUGAUGCUCAUUGUCCCUGAUGUGCAAGAUGUCUAUACACCUUUAGAAACAGAUGUCAUUGUUCAGCUAUCUGAGUGCCGUCAACACCUGGAGCUUUUGCUGGAUAGUAUCCCAACAAUGUUUCAGGAAAGUAAAACUCCUGAAUCUGCUUUUGGUGCAGCAGUUAAGGCUGCUUUCUUGGCGAUGAAGAGUAAAGGAGGGAAGCUUAUGGUAUUUCAAUCAAUUUUGUGUUCUGUUGGUGUUGGAGCACUUUCUUCCAGAGAGGCCGAAGGGAGAGCUAACAUGUCUGCUGGUGAAAAGGAGGCCCAUAAAUUACUACAACCAGCAGACAAAACUCUAAAGACCAUGGCUAUUGAACUUGCUGAGUACCAGGUCUGUGUAGAUAUAUUUGUCACAACUCAGGCCUAUGUUGACAUGGCUUCAAUAUCCGUCAUUCCAAAAACUACUGGAGGACAGGUGUAUUGUUAUUACCCUUUCUCAGCUCUCUCAGAUCCUCCCAAGCUUUACAAUGAUCUUAAAUGGAAUAUAACUAGGCCACAGGGUUUUGAGGCUGUCAUGCGAGUCAGAUGCAGCCAGGGUAUUCAAGUGCAAGAAUACUCAGGGAAUUUCUGCAAACGCAUUCCAACUGACAUUGAUCUCCCAGCGAUUGACUGUGACAAAGCUGUAAUGGUGACGUUAAAGCAUGAUGACAAACUACAAGACGGAGCUGAAUGUGCUUUCCAGUGCGCCCUUCUGUAUACUACCAUAUUUGGAGAAAGAAGAAUCAGGGUUACCACAUUAUCACUCNGCAGAUCUCUCUGA